CGGCAAGACGUCGUCGGAGGAAGGCUGAAAAAGCCCUAGGUGCUGCCGUUGCUAGUAGAAGUCGGACUUGUCGCCGGAGCUGCGCCUCCGCACAGGUUUCGGACUGAGCGGAGCUUGCUGCCGCGGUCGCGGGAGCCUGCCUGUGCUCGUCCCUGCCCACGUCGCGGUGAUGGAGCCGACUACCGUGCUGCCCCCAGGCCCGCGCCCGGCUCUGCCGCUCGGGGGCCCGGGCCCGCUGGGCGAGUUCCUGCCUCCCCCCGAGUGUCCGGUCUUCGAGCCCAGCUGGGAAGAGUUCGCGGACCCCUUCGCUUUCAUCCACAAGAUCCGGCCCAUAGCCGAGCAGACUGGGAUCUGUAAGGUGCGGCCGCCGGCGGAUUGGCAGCCACCAUUUGCCUGUGAUGUUGAUAAACUUCAUUUUACCCCCCGGAUCCAGAGACUAAAUGAACUGGAGGCUCAAACACGGGUAAAAUUAAAUUUUCUGGAUCAGAUUGCAAAGUAUUGGGAGCUACAAGGAAGUACUCUGAAGAUUCCCCAUGUGGAGAGGAAGAUCUUAGACUUGUUCCAGCUUAAUAAGUUAGUUGCAGAAGAAGGUGGUUUUGCAGUUGUUUGCAAGGAUAGAAAAUGGACCAAAAUUGCCACCAAGAUGGGUUUUGCUCCAGGAAAAGCUGUUGGUUCACACAUCAGGGGACAUUACGAACGAAUCCUCAAUCCAUACAAUUUAUUCCUCUCCGGAGACAGUUUGAGGUGUCUUCAAAAGCCUAAUCUGACCUCAGAUACAAAGGACAAGGAAUACAAACCCCACGAUAUUCCACAGAGGCAGUCGGUACAGCCCUCAGAAACCUGUCCUCCAGCUCGCCGAGCAAAGCGCAUGAGAGCAGAGGCCAUGAAUAUUAAAAUAGAACCAGAGGAAGCAACAGAAGCCAGGACUCAUAAUCUGAGACGCCGAAUGGGUUGUCCAACUCCAAAAUGUGAAAAUGAGAAAGAAAUGAAAAGUAGCAUCAAGCAAGAACCCACUGAGAAGAAAGACUGCAUGUUAGAAAGUGAGAAGGAAAAGCCCAAGAGCCGAUCUAAAAAAACCACCAGUGCUGUGGACCUGUAUGUAUGCCUCUUAUGUGGCAGUGGCAGUGAUGAAGACCGGCUCCUCCUGUGUGAUGGCUGUGAUGACAGUUACCAUACUUUCUGCUUGAUUCCCCCUCUCCAUGAUGUUCCCAAGGGAGACUGGAGGUGUCCUAAGUGUUUGGCUCAAGAAUGCAGCAAGCCGCAAGAAGCAUUUGGAUUUGAACAAGCAGCAAGGGACUAUACUCUUCGUACGUUUGGAGAAAUGGCGGAUUCAUUUAAAUCUGAUUACUUCAACAUGCCAGUCCAUAUGGUUCCUACAGAGCUGGUAGAGAAGGAGUUUUGGCGGCUGGUAAGCACUAUUGAAGAAGAUGUCACAGUGGAGUAUGGAGCUGAUAUUGCUUCAAAGGAGUUCGGCAGUGGCUUUCCUGUACGAGAUGGGAAAAUCAAGAUUUCCCCAGAGGAAGAGGAGUAUCUCGACAGUGGGUGGAAUUUGAACAAUAUGCCAGUGAUGGAGCAGUCUGUACUUGCUCAUAUUACUGCUGAUAUAUGUGGCAUGAAACUCCCUUGGUUGUAUGUGGGCAUGUGCUUUUCUUCCUUCUGUUGGCAUAUUGAAGACCACUGGAGCUAUUCAAUCAACUACCUACACUGGGGUGAACCCAAAACCUGGUAUGGAGUUCCAGGAUAUGCUGCGGAGCAGCUAGAAAAUGUAAUGAAGAAACUAGCUCCAGAGCUCUUUGUGUCCCAGCCAGAUCUGCUCCACCAGCUUGUGACCAUCAUGAAUCCCAAUACUCUGAUGACUCAUGAAGUGCCUGUUUAUCGAACAAAUCAAUGUGCGGGGGAGUUUGUGAUCACCUUUCCAAGAGCCUAUCACAGUGGUUUCAACCAAGGUUUUAAUUUUGCCGAGGCUGUUAACUUCUGCACUGUGGAUUGGCUACCAUUGGGCCGCCAGUGUGUGGAGCAUUAUCGCCUGUUACACCGGUAUUGUGUCUUUUCCCAUGAUGAAAUGAUAUGCAAAAUGGCUUCCAAGGCUGAUGUAUUAGAUGUUGUAGUGGCGUCAACUGUUCAGAAAGACAUGGCCAUUAUGAUUGAGGAUGAAAAAGCUUUAAGGGAGACUGUGCGUAAAAUGGGAGUAAUUGAUUCAGAAAGAAUGGAUUUUGAGUUGUUGCCAGAUGAUGAGCGGCAGUGUAUAAAAUGCAAAACAACAUGCUUCAUGUCUGCCAUCUCCUGCUCUUGUAAACCUGGUCUGCUUGUUUGUUUACAUCAUGUAAAAGAAUUGUGUUCCUGUCCCCCUUAUAAGUAUAACCUGCGGUAUAGAUACACUCUGGAUGAUCUCUAUCCUAUGAUGAAUGCAUUGAAGCUUCGAGCAGAGUCUUACAAUGAAUGGUCUUUAAAUGUGAAUGAAGCUUUAGAAGCAAAGAUCAACAAGAAGAAAAGUCUUGUUAGCUUUAAAGCUUUAAUUGAAGAAUCAGAAAUGAAGAAAUUCCCAGACAAUGAUCUUCUGCGUCACCUUCGCUUAGUCACACAGGAUGCAGAAAAGUGUGCCUCUGUUGCCCAACAAUUGCUUAAUGGCAAAAGGCAAACAAGGUAUCGAUCCGGUGGAGGAAAGUCUCAGAAUCAGUUGACUGUGAAUGAACUCCGACAGUUUGUGACUCAAUUGUAUGCUCUUCCAUGUGUUCUUAGUCAAACACCAUUGCUAAAGGAUCUCUUGGAUCGUGUAGAAGAUUUCCAGCAGCAAAGCCAGAAACUACUGUCUCAGGAAAUGCCUAGUGCUGCCGAGCUGCAGAACUUGCUUGAUGUCAGCUUUGAAUUUGAUGUUGAACUUCCACAGCUUGCUGAGAUUCGUAUUCGGUUAGAACAGGCCCGUUGGCUAGAAGAGGUGCAACAGGCUUGUCUAGAUUCCAGUUCCCUUUCGUUGGAUGAUAUGCGACGACUCAUAGACUUAGGGGUAGGGCUGGCUCCAUAUUCAGCAGUAGAGAAAGCUAUGGCCCGUCUGCAAGAACUGCUUACAGUGUCAGAGCACUGGGAUGACAAAGCCAAAAGUCUCCUCAAAGCAAGACCACGGAAUUCUUUGAGUAGCCUUACUACAGCAGUAAAGGAGAUCGAGGAGAUACCUGCCUAUCUGCCCAAUGGUGCGGUCUUGAAGGAUUCUGUGCAGAGAGCCAGAGACUGGCUUCGAGAUGUAGAUGCACUGCAGGCAGGAGGACGUGUGCCAGUGUUAGAAUCACUCGUCGAACUUGUCGCAAGGGGUCGAUCUAUCCCAGUACAUCUGAAUUCUUUACCAAGACUGGAAUUACUAGUAGCUGAAGUUCAGGCUUGGAAAGAAUGUGCUUCUAAAACAUUCUUGACUGAGAAUUCACCAUAUUCUCUAUUAGAGGUGCUUUGUCCAAGGUGUGAUAUUGGCCUUCUGGGAUUGAAAAGGAAGCAGAGAAAGUUGAAGGAGCCCUUGCCAAGUGGGAAGAAGAAAAGUACCAAAUUAGAGAGUCUGAGUGACCUGGAAAGGGCCUUAACAGAGAGCAAAGAGACUGCUUCAGCUAUGGCAACUCUUGGGGAAGCUCGCCUAAGAGAGAUGGAAGCUUUGCAGUCUCUCAGACUUGCCAAUGAAGGGAAAUUGCUGUCACCUGUCCAAGAUGUAGAGCUGAAAGUCUGCCUGUGCCAGAAGACUCCAGCCACUCCCAUGAUCCAGUGUGAACUCUGCAGGGAUGCUUUCCACACUCAUUGUGUAGCAGUACCUAAUAUUCCACAAAGCCCCCGCAUCUGGCUUUGUCCUCAUUGUCGAAGGUCAGAGAAGCCUCCGUUAGAUAAAAUUUUGCCCCUGCUGGCCUCCCUGCAGCGUAUAAGAGUUCGCCUUCCUGAGGGGGAUGCACUUCGAUAUAUGAUUGAAAGAACCGUGAACUGGCAACACAGAGCCCAACAACUACUUUCUUCAGGGAAUCUAAAAUUUGUGCAAGACCAAGUGGGCUCUGGACUGUUUAGCAGAUGGCAAGCCUCAGUAGGACCGGCAUCAGAGACAAACAAGGUGUCUCAACCUCCUGGUACUACAUCGAUUUCAUUGCCUGAGGACUGGGACAAUAGAAGCUCCUUUUCCCAUUCUCCCUUCUCUACUGGACAGAGUUGUGUCCCCCUUCAUGGUGUGAGUCCAGAAGUGAAUGAACUGUUAAUGGAAGCCCAGUUGCUCCAGGUAUCACUUCCUGAAAUUCAGGGGCUUUAUCAGACUUUACUUACAAAGCCAAGCUCUGCUCAGCAAACUGACCGAAGUUCACCUGUUAGAGUCAGUAGUGAAAAGAAUGAUUGCCUUCGAGGGAAACGAGAUGGAAUCAACAGUCUUGAGAGGAAACUGAAGAGACGCCCAGAAAGAGAAGGCCUUCCCAGUGAACGGUGGGAUCGAGUUAAAAAAAUGCGGACCCCCCAAAAGAAGAAAAUCAAAUUGAGUCACCCCAAGGACAUGAACAAUUUCAAAUUAGAAAGAGAGCGUAGCUAUGACUUAGUCCGUAAUGCUGAAACACAUUCGCUGCCCUCAGACACGUCCUACUCCGAGCAGGAGGACUCUGAGGAUGAAGAUGCCGUCUGUCCAGCUGUGAACUGUCUGCAGCCAGAAGGAGAUGAGAGAUGGCAGAGAAGGAAGACUACAUCUGUGUGCGCUGCACGGCAAAGGACACACCAAACCGAAAGUAAAAACAAACACACUUACUUCAUGGAAUUCAGGACUCCAGCAAAGAAGAUUUCCUCAAUCUCAGCAAAGCUACAGGACUGGGGUCAAGCCAGCCUGUACACGGUGCUAUUUCUAUUCCUUGCGGGAUCAUUUUUCCAGAACUCUUUGAAAAAAAGAAAAAAAACAACUAAAAAAUUUUUUGACACUUUUUGUAUUUUUUUUCCUUGUGGUUGUUGAAGUUUAAAAUGCUGACUGUUUUUUGCAGGGGUCUCUACCAGUUUCGAAGGUAUUGGAGUUUGCACCUUUUUCAUGUACAGCAUUAACAUUGUACUUCUGCCUGGGAUUUACCGGCUUAAGAGUCCAACUCAGUUUCAGGUCCCAGAAAGGGCACCAGAAUUCCAGUAACCCUCACUGAGCAACUGUUCUCCUUUACUCUGUUACCACAUUGGGGGAUUUUAAGUUUUUCUCUUUGGGGUUUUUGUUCCUUUCUUUCUCUACUUUUUUCUUUCUGGUAGGCUAGGUUUAUUUAUCUGAGCAAUAACUUCUAUGUUGGUCUCAGUGGCUGGAAUUAAAACAAACAAGCUUCUAAACGGUGUGUUGGUGCUUUAGCAUUUGGUUAAUGUACAGACCGCAAGUACCCAGUUUCUAGUGUCACUGAUGAAUUAGUGAUGUAGAAAGAGACUGCACUGUCAGUAAUCCCACGCCCGUAUUUUGGCUUUGUCCCUGCUGCCCCCCCCCCCUUUUUUUAAAGGUUGUAUCAAAUGUUGCAGUUUAUAUUGUGGAAUAAUAAAUCCUUGGUCCUAUUGUAACACUAGACUGCAGCUUCUUCUGCCCCUCCACCUUGUGGGCCUACAGAACUAGAGGGCUUGCUUGCUUUUGCUUCUCCCCAGGCAGGCUGCAGCAAAAGUGUGUUUGUCUUCAAACUUGUGGAGACUCUGUCUUUGUAGCCUGAUUGUUUAGCUGGGUCCUUGCCUUCAUGUCCCCACUAAUAAAAACCCCUGUCUUCAAAGACCAGAGCCAUUUCUUCAAGCCAUGCUCUUAUAAAUAAGCUCUUAGAAUGUUGGAGUGGUCCCUAUAUCACUUCAGACUUCAAAUAAGUCCUUAUGAAAUGCUUUUAUUAUAUUUGAAUUGUCAGGGAAAUUUGGUUGAUUUAAGAUGCUGGAAUUCAUCAUCUUAGACGGUUGGUUUUAUUGUAUCAGUUGAAGGGAAACUUGGGACUACCAAACCUGCCUACCUGGGAUUCCUUUCCCAACUCUGUAAUUCCAUCCCUCUUUAUGGCUAUGGGCAGCCCAUAGCUGUUUCCCUCAGUUCUGCAGAGGGGAAGGGUUCCUGGUAAGCAGAACAACAGGUUCCUGCUUACUCUUCCUAAAUUGUUGCAGACACUUGUUUUCCUCACUGUCUGUAGCUACCAGCCUCUACUAGUGGGUAGAACUAGUAGAUCCUUAAUAAAACAUCAAAAAAAAAGUCUGUGAUGUAGCAAAGAUCUAAAUGUACUAUCCCCUUUAUGCAAUGCAGAUCAUUAAAUCUGUUUAAGAAUAA